GUUUUGGGGAGAGUCGUUAAAAGAUAUGUGCGUGUUCAGUUCCAGCUUGAGCCUCCGCGCGUUUGGACGUUGUGUACCAUUCUACGAGACCUUCCCAACAGUUCAGUUACUCGUCCGCCACAUCCGCAACAGAACAAAAACCAAAAAAAAGGAAGUUGGAGUUGGAAUCAUCAUCAUUUCAGCAACGUUUUCUGUGGUGUGGAAAAGAGUUCCGAAUCUGAGCUUGAGCUUGGGUAGACUGUACACUUCGUAGUUGCACUCCGUGAUUGACCUGAACCAGCGAAAUUGCACAAAGAACACACCGAAUUAUGCUUGUGAGUAGCAAACCAUUCUCAUUGUGCAAGUUUCUGUGAUUCUAACUUUAAAUAGUCAAUAAAGACGACGGCCACGUCCUUACGGAUGGUUCCCUAGCGAAUAUCAUGAGAGGGAUAGUUGUUAGUAAGAGAGAUUGCUACCAACGUACAACGGAACAAAGUGCAUAAUGUCCGAUACGGAGGAAGAUUCUGCGAGCUCCGAUAGCUGGCCCAUCGAUGAGGACUGGUUGGUCGAGAUGCUGAAGAAGCACCACGAGGUGCGGGAUGGGAUAAAAAUUACGGAUUUCAAAGUAAAACAGGGCUGCCGAGAGGGGGUCAACAAUCUGAGCGACAUCCUGGCGGUGUCGGUGAUGUACGAGUUUAAGAACGGAGCGGCACUAGAGCCCAAGAGUUUGGACAUUGUGAUAAAGCUGCUACCGCAGGACCUGACGAGUAGGUUUUUCGUCAGGCAGGCGCAGUUCGAUCUGAGGGAAAUCAAGUUCUAUACGAGUAUCCUACCCGACCUGCUGGCUUUCCAGGAGUCAAACAUCAAUAGGGAACAGAGCACAUGCAUGCUUGUUUCGGUUCCAACCUGUUUCUACACCCAAUACUCUCUACCCAUCAGCCCCUCGGAGGGUAGUCCAGAGCAACCCGAGAGUAUCCUGGUGCUCGAAGAUAUGCGCUCCCUUGGAUAUCGGGGAGCCAAUUUCACCCGUGGUUUGACGCUCAGCCAAACAGAGGCAGCCAUCAGAGCCAUCGUUGCCAUUCAUUCACUUUCGCUGGGACUCAAAAUCAAGAGCAAUGUGAACGUGAACGAGAAAUAUCCCUUCCUAUUCCAAACAACCCGCGCCACCGAAAGCUACCAGCAGCUAAUCGAAAAAGGUAUGCCCCAGCUAACGGAAUUCUUAAAAACCAAACCCGGCUACGAGAACGAGUUGAAGGCGUUGAGCAAGAUUCAGCCCAAAACCAAAGAACUGAUCGAAACGCUAUUGCAACCAAUCGAACCGAUGGGACUGAUCACACACACGGACUUCUGGUGCAACAAUCUGCUGUUCCGUUGCGAGGGUGACGGAACCGACAGCUGUAUCGUGUUGGACUGGCAGAUGGUGACGUACAGCCGGCCCACCAACGAUCUGGCUCUGCUAUUCAUUUCUUCGAUCUCGUCCAACAUCCGGCGGGAGCAUGGCGCCCGGCUGCUCGAUAUGUACUACAAGCUACUCCGAUCCAACUGCAAAAAGCUGGGCGUUGAUAUCGAGGCGAAGCUGAACUACAGCAGAAACAAGAUGGAGUUGGAGUAUCAGCAAUCGGAACUAUUGGCUUUACUUCUCUGCAUUGGCUCGAUUGACAUCGCCAUUGGGAACCAGUUGGCCGAGCAGCGUUUGCUGGAUGUACUACGCGAUCUCAACGAAAGCGGUGUGUUGAGCAUGGAGACAUGCUUCUAGGCUGUUACGUACAGCCGGUGCCACUAUACAGUAGUAGUAGUAGUAGUAGUAUUCACAAGAGCUUCGAAACUUUCCUAGAAAAAUUUAUUGAUUGUUGAAAGCAGAUACAAAGUAAUCAAUCAAAUUAUUGCUGUCAUAUUACGUAGUAUUGGAGUAAAUUGAAUUUUUGAAACUCAA